AAAAAAUAAAAAGAAGGACAAGCAAAGGAAGUCUUCCCUCUUAUCUCCCUGCACAGACUUCAUAAAGAAAGAACAACCUUUUUAUUUCCAGUCCACGACAGCCACUUAUUCACACAUACAGAAUUAGUAAUGGGAAAUUUCUUCAGUUGUUUUGCUGGUCCAAGUCCAUCCCCAGCUGCAGAACCAAUCCAAGACCCAGUUCCACUCCAUAUCAGCGCUGCAGAACCAAUCGUAGACCCAGAUCCACUUGAUGUAUUUAAGACGCCAAUCUUCAAUUUUAUGAGCACUGCCAAAUGUCUUCAGGGGAUACAUCAUUUUUGGAUGGAAAUUUUUCUGGGGAAAGCUGGUUCUCUAUGGCAUCUACAAAUCUUACAACAUGGGCAUCUCAAGCAAAUGAAAAAAUUUCAGCUAAAUUAGGCAUCAAUGCCAGAAAACACAAAGAAGUAUUACUUCCAAUAGAAAAUAUGAGGCUUCUAGAUAGAGAAAUAACUGCAGACUCUAACUUGAUGGUCUUCACCCUUGAAGAAUUAAAGUUGGCAACCUUUAAUUUUAAAAGGGAAAAAGUUCUGGGAAGGGGAGGCUUUGGCAACGUCUACAAGGGUCGGAUCAGGAAUAAGAUACCUUGUCAGGAUGCCAAGAUGCUGGCAAUAGCUGUUAAGAAAUUGGAAGCAAGCAGCAGGCAAGGAUUUCAACAAUGGCGGACAGAGGUCAAUCUUUUGGGAAGGUUAUCUCAUCCUAAUAUUGUAAAGUUGUUAGGAUACUGCCAGGAAAAUCAAAGUUUCCUUAUCGUCUAUGAAUUCAUGGAAAAUGGAAGCUUGAAUUACCAUUUGUUCAGAAAGGACUCGAAAUAUCUGCUUCCAUGGGAAACAAGGAUUAAGGUCAUGAUAGGAAUGGCUCGAGGUCUGUCUUACUUGCAUACAAUUGAGGACCCAAUAAUUUACAGAGAUUUCAAGUCUUCAAAUAUACUGCUUGAUGAGUCUUACAUUGCAAAGAUAUCAGAUUUUGGCUUGGCAAAGCGGAGAUGCACACCUGAUAUAGUAGAAAUAGAGGAGUGUGUUAUAGGCACUAAUGGUUAUGCUGCCCCUGAGUAUAUUGCUACAGGAAAAGUGGAUAUAAAGAGCGAUGUCUAUGGUUUUGGAGUUGUUCUGAUCGAGAUGCUUACGGGCUUGAGAGCAAUUGAUAAAAGACGUCCAGCUGCGGAACGUAAACUGCUGGACUGGAUCAAGCCUCAUCUGUCAAGCAGAAGAGAGUUGAAAGAUAUAAUGGAUUCCAGGUUGCAGGGGAAAUAUGCUUUCAAAGAGGCUUCAGAGAUAGCUCGGAUUGCUCUUAGAUGUGUGGAUCCUUACUAUAAACGGCCAUCGAUGAGCGAAGUUGUCGACAGACUGGAAAAGAUUGGAGUUCCAUAUAGAAUAGACGAGGCAUAAAAUUUCUUACAGUAUGCUGUAUUGAACAGCUACGUUUUGGAGUUUAGGAUCUAAGUCUGCACUUCCAUUGUUAUGUCUGAAUAAAACAAUAAUAACACAUGCAAAUUCAGGUGCCUCAAAAUGUAUUAAUUGAAGAGAAAUCUAGUAUGAGAAGUGGAGAACACAAACUAUUGAUGAAUCUAAAAACCUGUAAUUUUAAUUA